GCAAUAAUCAUGCCAUUACAUUACAGCGGCACAGCAAGACGAGGCUGUUGUGUGCAUUGCCCGAUUCAGGGAAGUAGGCUGCUUCUGCUUUCUCAGAAACAACAACGUCGUUCGCUCACGACUUCUCAGGGCUACCUCGAGCAACCAAGCCAACUGGCUGGCACGCUGUUGCCCUUCUCGUCACAGCGCCACUUGUUGUUGGUGGCUGGGCAAACUCGACCACGCAUUUUCUCACUGCACCGCUGUCAAGUGACUUUAAACAGUGGCACGUGAGCCAACAAGCCAGCUGUGGCACCUUUAAGCCCUGAGCACACACCCCUCCCUUCAACAAACAAACAACAGCGCCGCCACCAAGCGUGAUGGGUGGCCACCGUCCUCGCCCUGAAGACAUCCAGCGGCUGUCCCAGGGCAUUCGCCAGGCGUUUGAGGCCCUCGAUUGCAGCGUCCCUGUCGAAGAGGUCAAAGGCAUGGCGCGAUUGGUUGCGUCUUCGAUGACAGGGCCAAACAACGUCUACCAUGCCAUGUCGCACGUGUUCGAUGUUGUUCCGGAGAAACCAGAACAAGACCCUCUGGCUUACCUCGCCGCCGUCUUCCACGACAUUGUCUACCUGCAAGUGGAUGGCUGUAUUUCACCUGCAUUCCUGCCCAUCCUGCAGCGUGCCCGGCUGCUGCCGGUGCCGACAGCCGAGGGCCUCGCUGCAGUACAUGCUGCCUGCAGCAACUUCCGCGCGCGUACGCGCACCAACGACAGCAGCUCGUGCAGCGCUCUACCGCAGCCCAUGGCCGCACAGCCAGCACUCCUGACCAGCGAGGGCAUCCGCAAGCGCAUCCACGCCCUCAGCAACCCAGGGCACCUGGCCUUGAUGGCCGGGCAGAACCUGCCUGACGGUCAUGCUGUCAAGGGCACCAACAACAAGCAGCAGACGCAGGUGCACACCACCGCCAUCGAUACUGAGGAGACGGCAGCCAUCAUGCCAUGCCACACCACAAGGGCGGCACUCAAGACCACCGCCAUUAGCCGCCAGCCGAGCAUCGACAGCAGGGACACCGAGGAGUGCAAAGACAGCACCGAGAGCAUCGCAAGCUGUGAUUCUGGUGUAUCCUCGUCCAGGCCACGACCACCAGGCUCGCUGACAGCCACUACAAGCACAGCAACACCAGACCGCCAGCGACGGGGAUCUCUACGCGUCCAGGACUCUCCGGCUGUCAUGACCACUCUCAAGGCGGUGGAAGCGUGGCGGCGCUCGACGACGUACGUCGUGUCUGACGAUCACAUGAGGCUGCCACACCCAGAUCCCUCAGUUGCACAAGUACAAAAGCGUGCGCUGGCCCAGCAACUGUGCUACAGCAUCUUCGGGCACACACCUGGCAAGCUGCUGCCAUUUGCCAUCGGCACCCUGGGCCUGAACGAGUUCCUGAGCUGUGUGAUCGCCAUGGACGUGCUGGCGCCGUGGCUCACAGAGGCGCAGCUGCUGCAUGUGUGCGUCUGCAUUGAGGCGACGAUCCCCUUCCGCCCUUCCAACUGCACCACCACCCUCCAUGGCCGGUGCCUUCACGCAGCGACACACCAGCUGCAUCUCCCCCGCGAGCAGGAGCACACCGCCGUGCGCCUCACCAAGCACAUGGUGGAGAGUGCCUGCGAGAUGACCGCCCGCGACGUGGGCAACUUUGCCCUCGCUGACACGCGCGGGUUCCUGGCCAACACGUGGAAGCUGCUGCCUGAGCUCAACAUGGCCCUGCGCAACACCGCCACCUUCACGCUCAAGGACUGGAUGGGCGCGAUGGCCGGUAACUGGGGCUUCUUCCGCUUCCUCUUGCGGGACCCGGCAGUCAUCUUCCCCCGCUUCGGCCACUGCUGCACCGAUGAGAAGCGACAGCAGAUGGUGGCCCGGGCAGUGCGCAACCUGCAGAGGGGCCGCACCUAUAUUGGCGCCCGUCUGCUCAGCGCCAGCAUCAUGCACGCGGUGCUGUCCCACAGGCAUGCGCACGUGAUGAGGCUGGACGACAUGAUGGACGCCCUGGCCAGUGCGCCCGUUGGCAUGUUGUUCGGUGGUGACUGCACGCAAGGAGGUCUGCUGGCGUGCCAGGGCCCAUGUCUCUGCCCAACCUGCGCCACUUGCGCCACCGUCACUCAGGCAACCUCGCAACAGCAACAGCAACAGCAAGGCAGAGCGGAGUUCGACUUUGGCGACGAGAGUAUGUCACGUGACGUGUAUGUGCAAGCGCUGUUGCGGCACGGGUUUGAUGGCAAGUACAAUGGACAGGCAGUUGCCUUCUCAUCCACCUGCAGUCUUUCAGCAUCCAUAUUCCAAUACCUGCACGACAGCAACACGGGAUGGACGAGGUACUUGCAGGUGGAGCAGCGAGAGGAAGGGGAAGGAAACGAGAUGAUGGAUUCGAUGUGGCCGCGUCAGGUUCCUGUCACGUUUGAGGAGUGCGUGCAAUCCAGCGUUGAGUAUCACAGAGGUGAUCUGGACGCCACUGCAUUCCUUCUGCAAUUGCCGGACGCUGUUGUACAGCUUGCGCAGCAGCACUUGCGCGCCCACCUGACAGUCUGGGUUGUGUGACCCUUCUUUGUGUGUGUGUGUGUGUGUGUGUGUGUGUGUGUGUGUGUGUGUGUGUGUGUGUGUGUGUGUGUGUGUGUGUGUGUGUGUGUGUGUGUGUGGAUGUGUGUGUGUGUGUGAAUCCUGGCCUGCACUCAAGCAAGCCAUAUCUGGGGUAUGGUUUGACCCCCUCCCACUCAUGUCACGCUUCUCUUGAAUGUGAUUGAGUGUUGGAGCCACUUGCCUGUUCUUAAGCAAUCCCUGUGUACAUGUGUCUGACCCCCAAUGGAUGGAUGGCUGGUUGGUCGGAUACACGUGGUGGACGAGUUGAAUUUCAAUAGAUGAUGUACGCAG